CAACAAUGAUCUACUUGAAAUCGCUUUUGAACGUCAUCGACAACUCCGGAGCCCAAGUUGUGGAAUGUAUUAAAGUGUUGCGUCACGGGCCAUUGAAUUUUGCCAAGGUCGGAGAUGAAAUAACAGUAGUAGUCAAGAAGGCCAGACCCUUACAAGCAGAAAUCACCGGCCAAUCAGCCAACAACAGAGUGAAAAGAAGAGAUAUUUGUCGUGCCAUAGUGGUAAGAACCAAAGCUCCAUUCAGAAGACCCGACGGUUCUGUAGUCAGAUUUGAUGAUAAUGCAUGUGUCUUGGUCAACAAGAGUGGUGAGCCUUUGGGAACAAGAAUCUCGUCUGUUGUAGCCAAGGAGUUAAGAGACUUGCAGUACAACAAGAUCGUGUCGUUGGCUCCAAAGACGUUUUAGAGACUUGGAUAUGAUAGCCCCACUACGAACUUCAUUUCUUGUAUAUACAUUUUAAUAUAUGAAACAUUAAUGUCA